AUGGCGCGAGUUUGGUUUAACAUUGCAAUUCUUUCUCUAGGGGUUGCUUUGAAUGGGGCCGAAAGUGUGAAUGAUAACAACAGGACACUGGGAAAUUUUAUUGAUUUUAGCCAGUGGUUAGGACUUAACUAUGGUGAUCCAGAUCCGGUGCUGUUGGAUGUGUAUGACUUCAUUGUGGUUGGUGCUGGUCCAGCCGGAAUUGUGAUUGCCAACCGGUUGAGUGAAAACCCUGCUGUAACGGUGCUACUGUUGGAGAUUGGAAAAGCUGAAAUUCCGCUGCUGCAGCAAGUGCCCGGAGUUUUCUUUACUCAAGCUGCAACUGAUUACAAUUAUGCGUAUGUGACUGAACGGCAGGAGAAAGCAUGUUUGGGUUUGGUAGAUCGCCGUUGUGCGUGGCAUCAAGGUCGAGGUUUAGGAGGCUCAACGAUCAUCAAUGAUAUGUUAUACACGCGCGGAAACCGAAGAGAUUUCGAUUACUGGAACGCGACUGGGAAUCCCGGAUGGAGUUACGAAGAUGUGUUGCCAUAUUUUAUGAAAUCAGAAGAUGCGAAAAUACGUGAUUUUGAUCAGAAUGGGUUUCAUGGAAAAGGAGGAUUUCUAUCAGUGGAAGAUGCAGCUUAUAGAACACCGAUCGCCGAAGCUUUUGUGAGAAGUGCAAUUCAAGUUGGAUUACCAUACGUUGACUACAAUGGACCAGAGCAGUAUGGGACAUCCUAUGCUCAAUUUACGAUUAAACAAGGGAGAAGAAUGUCAGCAGGAGCAUCGUUUCUGCAACCUAUUGGUGAUCGCAAAAAUUUACACAUUCUUACUAAAGCUUGGGUCACUCGAAUUAUAUUUAACAAAAACCGAGCUAUAGGAGUGGUAUACACAAGAAACAAAAGUGUUCAUAAAGCCAAGGCGAAACGUGAAGUGAUAAUAUCCGGGGGUACAUUCGGUAGUGCAAAGUUAUUGAUGUUGUCAGGAGUUGGACCAAAACAGCAUCUAGAAGAAUUGGGAAUUGAAGUGUUCAAAGAUCUCCCAGUUGGGAACGAAUUGUAUGAUCAUCCUGCCGUAUUGGGACCAGUAUUCACUGCUUCGAAGUUAAACGACCAAAACGAAAAUGGCGACAAGGUUCUUUCAAUUCAAAACAUCGUGAAAUACAUUUUGGGGAGUGGUCCACUAUCAUCCGCAAUAGCUGAAGGGUUUGCAUAUUUGAAAACACCAUUCGCACCGUACCCCGACCCAAAUUGGCCUGACGUAGAGCUAGUUCAACUGUUGUCCACUCCGGGCGAUGAUUAUACGCCAGCAGCACGCCGCUACUUCAGGAUUGAAGACGAAACUUUAGAAACCUAUUUCAAACCGCUCUACAAAAAGCGCGCCUUCAUGUAUCUCUCCAUCGUGAUGCAUUCAACCACGAAAGGCUCAUUACGUCUUAAAUCGAAAAACCCAUAUGAUCACCCUCUGUUCCACUAUCAGUACUUUGAAGAUGAUCGCGACCUACAAGCGUUGGUCUACGCCAUGAAAGCGGCCAUGAAAAUCACUAGUCAGAAACCCUUCCGUGAAUUGGGUGUUGAGCCAUAUCGAACGAAAGUGCCCGGCUGCACACAUCUUCCGUUCGACACGGACGAUUACUGGCGCUGCUACGCCAUGACCCUGACCUACGUUGGAUAUCACUUUGUCGGCACGUGCAAAAUGGGACCGGUUUGGGAUCGAACAUCGGUCGUCGAUCAUCGGCUGCGUGUUCACGGCAUUCGUGGAUUGCGGGUGGCCGAUGUCAGUAUCGUUCCGGUGGCACCCAGCGGGCAUACCUCGGCGUAUGCUUAUAUGAUAGGCGAAAAAGCGGCUGAUAUGAUCAAAGAGGACAAUUAUCUACCGUAAUGCAUCCAAUUAUGUUAAGUGAUAUACUAAGUAGUACAAAUAAUACAUGAAAUGUUGCCAAAUACGAGAAUAAAUAGUCAGUGAUGGAUAAACAUAUAUAAAAAGAA